AUGGCACAACCCUUGUACAAUCUCUUGAAGAAAGAUAACCCGUGGAAAUGGGAACUUGCGGAACAACAGGCUUUUGAUGGACUUAAUAAAUGUCUAACAUUGGCACCAUUGCUCCUACAACUGGACACCACAAAGCAAUUUUAUGUGGAAUGCAAUGCAUUGGAUUAUGCCACAGGAGCUAUACCAUCCCAACACAAUACUGAAGGGAAGCUAGCCCCAGUAGCUUGUUUGUCAAAGUCUCUAUCUCUGGCUGAGAAGAAUUACAACAUUUUUGAUAAAGAGAUACUUGCAGUCAUCAGGGCAUUUAAAGAAUGGCCAGGAGCUCAAAACAAAAAAGCCAAUAUUCUUUCCAGGCACUACAACUUAGUACCCCUUGAAGGGGGGGUAGAGAACCAGGUUCUCCUGAAACCAGACCUUUUUAUUGCAUCUAUCACCCCAGAUCAGGAAAUCAAUGACCUCAUUGGCAAGUCAAUCUAUGAGGAUAGUUGCCUGAAAGAAAUUUUACAAAAGCUCCAGAGCAAGGAAAAGAUCCUGGAUUGGGAAUUGAAAAAAGGAUUACUUUGGUUUCAAGAAAAAUAUUUACACAACACACUAGCUGCAGGACACCCAGGACAAGCUAGAACAUUAGAACUGGUAUCAAGAAAUUACUAUUGGCCAUCUAUGAAAGAAUUUGUCAAUGCCUAUGUCAACCACUGCAAAACUUGCAUUCAAUCCAAACCAACCAAUCAAGUACCUGUAGGCCUAUUAAAACCAUUGCAAAUCCCUGAAAAACCUUGGGAAGACAUAGCCUACAACACAAUAGUUGGAUUACCAAUCUUGGAAGGAUUUCAUGCUAUUCUCACAGUCAUUGACCAAUUUUCAAAAAUGAAUCUCCAUAGUUUACCAAGAAGCACGGUCUUGGACAGAGGUCCAACUUUCAAUGCCAAGUUCAUUUGUCAUCUGUAUAAAAGGCUGGAUAUCAAACCCACAUUUUCUACAGCCUAUCAUCCACAAAUAGAUGGACAAACAGAACGCAUACAAAGAGAGGCCAAAAUCUUCAUUUGCAUGUUUGGGAACCACCAUCAAUCAGAUUGGGUUUCCUUGUUACCUCUAGCAGAAUUUGCCCUAAAUAACCUGAGGCAAACCCAUACUGGAAAAUCCCCAUUUCAAAUAUGUUAUGGGUUUAAUCCAAGAUUUUCCAUUGGUCAAAAAUCAGAGGAAGUGGUACCCAAUGCGGACAAACAUGCAGAGUUCCUGGAAAGAGGAUAUGAUGAAGUCAAAGCAGCAUUAUCCCUGUCACAGGAAAAGAUGAAAUACUUCUAUGACCAAAGGCAUAAAAAGGAGGAAGAAAUUCAAGUAGGAGAUAAAGUUUGGCUGAGUCAUCAAAACAUAUCCACAGAUAGACCCUCAAUCAAACUCAGUCACAAGAAACUAGGCCCAUACUUGGCAGUAGAAAAGAUUGGAUCACAUGUGUAUAAAUUACAAUUACCCCAUACCAUGUGCAUACACCUAGUGUUCCAUAUCAAUCUCCUUACUAAAUUCCACCCUGAUCCUCCUCAACCUGCACCUAUCAUUACAGAAGAAGGCAAAGAGGAGUACAAAGUAGAGAAGAUCCUAGAUAGUAAACAGAAAGGAUGUGGCAAGUCAAGGAAACUUUGGUAUUUGGUCAAAUGGCAAGGAUACAAUGAAGGAAGUAACUCAUGGGAGCCAGUCAAUAAUGUGGCUAAUGCUAAAGAAGCAAUGGAAGAUUGCUAUAAGGAACACCCUGGUGCAGUUGGAGCUUGA